AUGUCGAAAAUGUACAACAAUCAGUGUUCUCCAGAAGAAAGAGUGAAGCCGUCAUACUUUCGAAUGAUAUUCAAUACAAAGUACAAUCUCAGCUUUACUACUCCUCGGACCGACGUGUGCUCCACGUGUAUAGAACUCGCCGAGAAGAUUAAGAGAUGUACAGAUGAAGAGGAAAAGAAUAACUUCAUCAUUGAGAAGAAUGUUCACAAACGAAGAGCGAAUGCUUUUUUCCAGUUGCUUAAAGAAACCAGGAAUGAUUUGAUAACAUUAUCUUUCGAUUGCCAGAAGAAUCUUGUACUACCUAAGGUCCCAGAUCAAACUGCAUACUACUCAAGGCAACUUUAUCUGUACAAUUUCACCAUUGUUCAGGGGACGUCUCAAUCGAAACUCAACGAGAAAAAUGUUUUUUCCUAUUUUUGGACGGAAAACGAAUUUGGAAAAGGUUCCAAUGAAAUUACAUCCUGCGUUUUUGACAGGCUCAAUAAAAUUGAAUUUGGCCCCACCGUAACAGUAGUCAGGCUGAUGGCAGAUGGUUGCAGUGGACAGAAUAAGAAUACAACACUCAUUGGAAUGUGUUGCAAAUGGCUAUCGGAGAAAUCACCAGAAAAUAUUCAGAAUAUUGAAGUGAUUUUUCCAGUAGUAGGCCAUUCAUUUCUUCCAGCAGAUAGGGGUUUCGGUAAUAUCGAGAAGGAGAUCAGAAAGCUGGAGGUUAUAACACAGCCAGAAACUUAUAUAGAGCUGUUAUCGAAAAACGGGACAGCUGUCCAUUUGGGAGAAAACUGCAACGUUUUUGACUGGAAAGAAAGCAUCUCAGAUGUAGUGAGACCCACAGGAACAUGGCAUUUUUCUUUCAAGAAUACAAAACGAUUCUUGUUAAAGAAGUGUAAAACUGGAAAUGUUUUGAUAAGAGGAACAGAAGCCUCGGAAACCGCCCCCAGAGUGGAGACUGCUCUUGGGGGAAGACUGGCACAGUCUCUAGCGGAACAAGGUGAAGCAAGUGGCACCACUCCGCGAACCGGCACCACAAGGCCACGCACCUCGAGCAGGAUAACGCAGGGAAACAGCUUGGAGCCGGCAGUUACCGGUCUUGAAUCUGAACUGUCGGAUCCCGCUCAAACCCUUAGACGGGGAAGGCAGCGCUGGACCAGAGACAUGAACCUGAGUCUUAUCAGUGCUUAUUUCCAAGUGACGGAAGGAGAGAAAAACACAAAGAAGUAUGCAGCUAAACUGGCUGAAAAAUGGCUGGAAUUAUAUCCAGACAAGGAAUUCUCUGGGAAACAUCUGAUAGCACAGAUAAAAAACAUAAAAUCCAGAAAGCUCUUAUCACCUGAUGAACUGGAGUCUAUGAGAGUAGAAUCGCAGACACAAUCACCAACAUCCAGAAUGAGGAACAUACGAAGAAGCAUUCGAGAAAUGACAACCGCUCCGCGUCAUAGCCUGUUAAGGCAAGAGGAGGUCGAGAACAACACACAACAGGUGACAGAAUUGGAACAGGAUGAAUCAGCCACGGAGAUAAAGGCUCUCUUCGAAGAGACUAACCUGAAAUGGAUAGGAAUACCAAUGAAAUGUAGGCCGUACAUCAGCCGAAUCAAAUUGAACCCUGAAGCAAAGAGUACAAUUAGAGCGAUUGACACGGCUCUCAGAAGUACACUUCAGGAAUCAGAAGAACUCGAAGAACUCUGUCAUAAAGUCCACUGUGCGGCAAUAGUUGCAAACCUCAUCUUGGAGACCACAGCAAAACAGGCGAAGAACAUCAAGGAACCAUCGAAUAAACCACCAUGGGAGGAAAGACUGGAGAAGCGAAUAACAACACUCAGAAAAGAGAUAGGAAUCUACCAUCUAUAUCUGAACAAAGAUAAUCUGAGCAGAAAGGUGAGAAAAAAAAUGAGGGCCUACGCAGGAAGAAUCAAUCUGAAGGAAAGUGACACAGGGUUUAAAAUGAAGAUUCGUAAACAUGCAGAAAAACUCCAGCAAAAAAUAGCCGCGUUGGGAAACAGAUUGAGAAGGUAUCAUAAAAGAUCAAUGAGAUACCAGCAGAACAACUUGUUCCAGAACAACCAGAAGGUUUUUUUCAGGAGUGUAGAUGGACAGAAGAGGAUCGAAAAUCAGAAGCCUCCAUGCGCAGAAGAAAUGCGACAGUACUGGUCGUCCAUUUGGUCGCAAGAACGGAAACAUAAGGCCCAUGCGCCGUGGAUUGAAGCAGAAAGAGAAAACAGUCAGAGCUUACCAGAAAUGCCGACAGUCAAUGUAACAGAGGUAGAUGUCAGAGAUACUAUAAAGAGAAUGAAGAACUGGGCAGCACCUGGCAUCGACGGCAUCCACAGCUACUGGUGGAAAGCAUUAACGUCAACACACAAAGUACUUGCUCGACUAAUUGGCGGAGCGCUGAAGAAUCCUCAGAAAAUCCCACAUUAUUUCACCGAGGGCAAGACUUACCUGUUGCCAAAAAAAGAAGACUUGGACCAUCCAGAGAACUACAGGCCAAUCACCUGCCUAUCGUCAAUCUACAAGAUAAUUACCUCUCUUCUAGCCAAUAAGAUAAACACCCAUCUCAAGCACUGCAACGUGAUGGCAUGGGAACAAAACGGAUGCAGAAGUAAGAGUAGGGGGAGUAAGGAGCUUCUGGUUAUUGACAACGAGUUAACGAAGCUGGCGAGAAGACGAAAUAAGAACAUUGCAAUAGCGUGGAUCGAUUAUCAGAAGGCGUACGACACGGUCCCACAUUCAUGGCUCAUAGAGGUUCUUGUAAUAUAUAAAAUAGAGCGACGGGUAAUUGAAGUAUUGAAAACCCUAAUGGCGACGUGGAGAACAACUCUCAGUCUUUGCGAGGGAGGAAUUUCUUAUGAAACAUCAGAAAUUCAGAUCAAACGAGGAAUUUUUCAAGGAGAUGGACUCAGCCCACCCUGGUUUUGUUUGGCUCUCAAUGCUCUUAGCGGUAUGCUUAAUAGAUCAGCUUACGGGUAUGCCGUGGAUGAGAGAACUAAAAUCACACACCUAUUUUAUAUGGACGAUCUCAAACUGUACGCAAGGGGCCGAGCACAGCUGGAAGGAGAGCUGGAAAUGGUGAGGAUGUUUAGCGCAGAUAUAGGAAUGAACUUAGGGCUGGAAAAAUGUGCAACAAUCAUAGUAAGGAGAGGAAAACUGUCGGAGGAAGAAAAUGUGAGGCUGAAAGACGGAAAAGAAAUAAAUAACCUGACGAAUGAAGACAAAUAUAAAUACCUAGGGAUUCAGCAAACUUUCGAGAUUCGACAUAAAGAAAAUAAAGAUCAUACAAAGGAAGAACUUCUGAGAAGGAUUAGACUAAUACUAAAAUCCCAGUUAUCUGCAAAGAACAAAAUAAUGGCAAUAAACAUAUGGGCCAUACCACCGCUCACUUACACAGCCGGAGUACUCUCAUGGUCAAAAACGGAGCUACAACAGAUAGACCAAAAAAUUAGAACUACACUGACCCAAUUCGGCCUACACCAUCCUAAUUCGGCUAUUGAAAGACUUUACUUACCCCGGAAAGAGGGAGGCCGUGGUCUAUGCUCUGUUGAAGCUACCUGUGGAAAAGAAAUGCAUAAUAUCAGGAAUCACUUCCUUAACAGUCACUUACCGAUUCAUCGAUGGAUAGCUCAAGGUACACGAUCCAUGAUAUUACAGCCUGAUGAAGACCAUCUUGAAAUGCUCAGACAGCGAUGGAGUGCGAAAGAACUGCACGGAAGAUUCUACUCCAACAUACAUCAGGAGGAAGUAGAUAUAACCGCUUCUAAUACCUACCUCAUCCAAGGAUAUAUGUUCCCACAGACAGAAGGCACAAUAUUUGCUAUUCAAGACCAGGUUGUCCCCACAAGGAACUACAUAAAGCAUAUAAUUAAAAAGCAGAUCGAGAACACGAAGUGUCGUCUAUGUAACAAAGCCGAGGAAACAGUCCUACACCUAACAUCAGGGUGCUCAAGUAUUGCUGGUACUAAAUAUCUAUCCCGGCACGAUAACAUGGGGAAGGUCGUGCACCAGCUUAUAGCACAAAGAGAGGAAUUGAUCCGGCAGUUCACACCUCAUCACAUAUACAUGCCUGCAUCGAUCCUGGAAAAUGAAAGAACAAAAAUAUACUGGGACUUUAACAUCACAACUGACAUAGGCACUGAACAUAAUAGACCGGAUAUGGUAGUGUGGAACAAAAAAGAGAUGAGAGCGACAAUCAUAGACUUUGCAGUGCCUCAGGAUGGCAACUUGGUCAAGACGUACACUGAAAAGAUCAGUAAAUACUCACUUUUAGCCUGGCAGAUGAGGGAUAUGUGGCAGCUGAGGAAAGUGGAUAUAAUCCCUCUUAUCAUAAGUGUUAACGGAAUUGUGCCCAGAAAAACUGUUCAACACCUGCAAGAACUUGGGUUGCCGCCGAAUACGGUCACUUGGAUGCAGAAAGCUGUCCUACUUGGGACCGUCAAUAUCAUCCGACAGGUCCUCUUUCCGCACUAA